AUGGAAAAAAACAGUAAUGUCACUGAGUUUAUUCUUUUGGGACUUUCCCAAAGCAAGAACAUUGAAAUACUGUGCUUUGUAUUAUUUUUAUUUUGCUACAUUGCUAUUUGGACGGGAAACUUGCUCAUAAUGAUUUCUAUCAUGUGCAGUCAGCUAAUUGACCAACCCAUGUAUUUCUUACUCAAUUAUCUUUUACUCUCUGACCUUUGCUAUACAUCCACAGUGACCCCCAAACUAAUGGCAGAUUUACUGGCAGAAAGGAAGACCAUUUCCUAUAAUAACUGCAUGAUACAGCUCUUUACCAUCCAUUUCUUCGGAGGCAUAGAGAUCUUCAUUCUCACAGGAAUGGCCUAUGACCGCUAUGUGGCCAUCUGCAAGCCCCUGCACUAUACUGUCAUGAUGAACAGGCAAAAGUGUAAUGCCAUCAUCACAGCUUGUUGUACUGGGGGAUUUAUUCACUCUGCCAGUCAAUUUCUUCUCACCAUCUUCCUACCGUUUUGUGGCCCCAAUGAGAUAGAUCACUACUUCUGCGACAUAUAUCCUUUGCUGAAAUUGUCCUGUUCUAAUACACAAAUAAUAGGUCUCUUAGUCAUUGCUAAUUCAGGCCUGAUUGCUUUCGUGACCUUUGUUGUCUUGAUUUUGUCUUUUUUUAUAUUAUAUACCAUCAGAGGACUCUCUAUGGAGAGUCGCCACAAAGCUCUUUCCACUUGCAGUUCUCAUGUAAUGGUUGUGGUCCUGUUUUUUGCACCCGCUUUAUUUAUUUACAUUAGACCCGCCACGACAUUCCCAGAAGAUAAAGUGUUUGCUCUAUUCUACACCAUCAUUGCUCCCAUGUUCAACCCUCUGAUCUACACACUUAGAAACACGGAGAUGAAGAAUGCUUUGAGGAAAGUUUGGUGCCGUCAAAUAGUUCUGAAAGGAAAGUAA